AUGGUGAAGAAAACAGGUGUUAGUCUGGUAUGGGACAAAUUUAUGAACGAAAAUAUGAUUGAUUACCAUCUUUGUGCGUAUGAACGACGCCCAUAUUUGGUCAAUGAUGAUGACAUCAUUCAUGUCAAAUAUGAUAAUCACAUAGCAAGAUCACCAGACCUUUCAAAAUUCCCAAAUCUUGAGAAGUUGAUAUUGAAAGGUUGUAAGGAGUUGAUUAAGGUUCACUCAUCCAUCGGGGAUCUUGGAAGACUUUCUUUGGUAAAUCUUGAAGGCUGCCGAUGGCUAGAGGAUCUCCCACUGAAUUUUUAUAAAUCCAAGUCUAUUGAAACUCUUCUACUUAAUGGUUGUUCAAGUUUUGAAGACUUUGCUGAUGGCUUAGGGGACAUGGUAUCAUUAACAAUUUUGGAAGCAGAUUACACAGCCAUCAGACAAAUUCCAAGUCUCGCUGGUCUUUCAAAGCUCAAGGUCUUGUGUUUAAAUGCAUGCAGAAAACUUCGUGCAAUCCCAGAUUUACCAAAGAAUCUGUAUGUUCUGAAAGCAAGCAACUGCCCAGAAUUGGAAACAAUUCCAGAUUUUUCAAAAAUGUCGAAUAUGAGAGAAUUGUAUCUAAGUAAUUCGUUCAAACUCACUGGGAUUCCAGGCUUGGAUAAGUCAUUAAACUCCAUGACAAGGAUUCAUAUGGAAGGCUGCAGCAAACUGACUGCCGAUUUUAGGAACAACAUCCUACAGGGAUGGACUUCUUGUGGAUAUGGUGGCAUUUUUCUCAGUGGAAAUGAUAUUCCUGAUUGGUUCGACUAUGUCCAUGCCAAUGAUAUUGUGUAUUUCACUGUGCCUCGAAGUGUUGGUCCUAAUUUGAAAGGGUUAACUUUGUCCUUCGUUUACUCUCCAGGCUCAUUCAACGGCAGUAACAUUAGCAUUAAAAACAUGACCAAGGGUACUGAGCUUGAAGCCAGGAUCAUACCCGAUUGUCGAACUGAGGGUUAUUAUCUUUGGCAGGGACAGUUAUCAAAUGACGAGCUCAAAUUGCAAGACGGUGAUAAAGUCUUGAUUGAAAUAAUAGUGGAGGGAAAAUAUGAUUGGUGGAAUAUGAGGGGACAUGGUAUCAUUAACAAUUUGGAAGCAGAUUACACAGCCAUCAGACAAAUUCCAAGUCUCGCUGGUCUUUCAAAGCUCAAGGUCUUGUGUUUAAAUGCAUGCAGAAAACUUCGUGCAAUCCCAGAUUUACCAAAGAAUCUGUAUGUUCUGAAAGCAAGGAGCUGCCCAGAAUUGGAAACAAUUCCAGAUUUUUCAAAAAUGUCGAAUAUGAGAGAAUUGUAUCUAAGUAAUUCGUUCAAACUCACUGAGAUUCCAGGCUUGGAUAAGUCAUUAAACUCCAUGACAAGGAUUCAUAUGGAAGGCUGCAGCAAACUGACUGCCGAUUUUAGGAACAACAUCCUACAGAGAUGGACUUCUUGCGGAUUUGGUGGAAUUUAUUUGAAUGGAAUUUAUGAUAUUCCUGAGUGGUUCAAAUUCGUCAAUGAUGUGGACAAUAUCGUCUUCUUUGAAGUUCCUCAAAAAAUCAUGGGUCGUGAUUUAAAAGGGUUGACUAUGUGCUUCGUUUACUCUUCAGAGUAUCUAGAACUUGAUUAUCAAGAGGGUCCUAUUGGCAUUAUCGUUAGAAAUCUUACCAAACAAACUGCUUUGCACACCAAGAUAGCAUUUGCCUCCGUAACAUCUUACUGUUACGGAUACAGAUGGCGGAGACACUUUUCAAAGAAACGUCAAGAAUAUCUUUGGCAGGGACAAUUGUCAAACGAUGUGUUACAACUUGUCGGUCAUCUCGGCCGCUCCUUCUUCCUCUCCAGACUCUUCGACCUCGAGGUUCGCUCCGAUUUCGACUCUGAAAACGACGACGUCGUUGAGAGGGUCCGCGUUUUGCCUCGCAUGAUUCAUUUGCACUCGGCCACGGACGCACCGCUUAAUGUGACCUUCAUAAGGGCUCCUUCUCAUGCUUUGUUGAAAGUCGAUAUUCCUCUUGUAUUUCGAGGAGAUGAUGUCUCUCCUGGAUUGAAGAAAGGUGCUUAUUUAAAUACAAUCAAGAGGACUGUAAAGUUCCUUUGCCCUGCAGAUGUGAUUCCUCCUUAUAUUGAUGUGGAUCUGAGUGAGUUGGAUGUCGGCCAAAAGAUAUUAAUGGGAGAUCUCAAGGUUCAUCCGGCUCUAAAGCUUCUUCAGUCAAAAGAUGAGCCUGUUUGUAAGAUCAUGGGAGCCAGAGUUUCUGAACAAAAGAAAUCUAAAUAA